AUCCCCUCGGCGGUCGGCUCGCCUCCAAAACCCCACGCGUCGGUCGGAGGCGGCCAAUAAAGAAGAAGGCGGACUCCAGUGCGACCGUGCGAGAGAAACGGAUAGAGAGCAACAGAGGGGGAAAGGAGGAGCGUCAACUGCGAGAAGGAGAGCAGGAGGUUGGUGGUUUCUUUCCAGCUCGAUCUCGAGCGGUUGGCGUUGGAGCGGUAUCUUGAUUUUAGUUGCCUAUUAGUAGGCACUCCUUCAAUGGCCCCUGCCAGGGUGGCUGGAGGUGGAGGCCCGUCACAAUCUUCAUCUGCUUCAGGCGUUUUCUUCCAAGGUGAUGGCCAGAGUCCUGCCACAGGGAACUCUUUGUCGGGGAAUGGGCAGUCUGGUCUGGGUCCUUCUUCUGGCGAAAUGAAUUGCGGAGCCCUGAACAGUGGAACAAACUCCUCCGGGCCCAGUAUUGGUGCGAGCUCACUGGUUACAGACGCCAAUUCGGCACUUUCUGGACGACCCCAAUUGCAGAGGAGCGCCAGCAUCAACAAUGAGUCAUGCGCACGGCUUCCGGCUUCGCCCAUGUCCUUCUCUUCCAAUGUUGUCUUGGGUUCCUCAAUGGUGGAUGGCUCCUCCCUCAAGAAACAGAGCCAGCACCAACACCAAGAGCAGGCACUGGUGCAAGGGGCUUCCAGUGCUCCACUGCAAUCAGCAGUGGCACAGGAGCCGGACAUUCCAUUGCAUGCCCAAAAGAAAUCAAGGCUUGACAUGAGGCAGCAGGAGGAUAUCCUGCAAAUGUUGCAGAGGCAGGAGACAUUGCAGAUUCAGGGGCACCAGAAUCUGCAGUUGCAGGCUAGGAUCCAACAACAGAGAUUAUCACAACAGCCUCAGCUGCAGCACAUGUUGCAGUCCUUGCCGCCGAUGCAGCGUGUCCAGCUGCACUCACAGCUCCAGCAACUGAGGCAUAGCCAACUCCAGCAGCAGGCUGUGCACCCGGCGCUCCCCAUGAGACACCUUUCAGAUAGUGGGUUAUGUGCUCGGCGGCUUAUGCAAUACAUGUAUCACCAGCGACAUCGGCCGCACGAUAAUUGUAUAGCAUACUGGAAGAAAUUUGUGGCUGAAUAUUUUGCACCACGAGCUAAGAAAAGGUGGUGUUUAGCAUCAUAUGGAAAUGGUGGCAACCAUGCCUCUGGUGUUUUUCCUCAGGCAGCUAAGGAUUCAUGGCAGUGUGGUAUCUGUGGUUCUAAAUCUGGAAAAGGAUUUGAGGCUACAUUUGAAGUACUUCCUCGGCUAUGUCAGAUUGAAUUUGACAGUGGGCUUAUCGAUGAGCUUUUAUUUCUUGACAUGCCCCGUGAAUUCAGGCUCCCUACAGGAAUGAUGGUGUUGGACUAUGCAAAAGCUGUUCAAGAAAGUGUCUAUGAACAAGCUCGUGUUGUUCGUGAGGGUCAAAUGCGAAUCAUAUUCAUGCCAGAUUUAAAGAUACUGUCUUGGGAGUUUUGUGCUCGACGUCAUGAAGAAUUUUUGCUUCGUCGAUUAAUAGCACCUCAGGUUAACCAGUUAUUACAAGCUGCUCCAAAUUUUCAAGCUGCUGUAAGUGAAAGUGGAUCUACUGGGGUCUCCCCACAAGAUCCAAAGUCUAACUUGAACAUGUUUGUUCAUGCUGGUCGUCAGCUAGCAAAAAGCCUGGAUAUACAGUCGUUAAAUGACUUGGGAUUUUCCAAAAGAUACGUGCGGUGUGUACAGAUAUCAGAGGUUGUAAAUAGCAUGAAAGAUUUGAUGGAUUUUAGCUAUGAGCACAAGAUUGGACCCAUAGAGAGCCUGAAGAAGUAUCCUCAGCAAGCUGCAGCUAAGCGUCAAAGCAACAAGACUCUUGAGGUUGAUCAGCUGAUGACUUCUCAGGGCCAACAAGGUGAUCAGAACGCAUUUAAUAAAAUCAAGGUUGCACAUCCGGGGUUAAGCAGCCAGACAAGCAAUUACUGCAGGAAUGCUACUGGAAUCCUGAAUAACACUGCUCAGAAUGCCAUGGCAUUGAACAACUACCAGUACUUACUGAGGACCUCUGCAAAUCAAAAUCAGGAUGUACCACAAGGAGACAAGUUACGUACCUUUGUUGGUCCUAGCCAGGCACGUUCUAUGCCUCUACAGAGUCCUGUUCCAUCAACUCUUUCAAGCCCAUCCGUUAGUGGUUCAUUGCACCCUCGGCAGCAGCAACCAUCGCAAUUGCAUGACAGUACUAUGCAGUCUUCACAAGCCAAUGAACAACUGCAGGAACAUGUGAUUCAGCAACUACUUCAAGAAAUAAUGAAUAACAACGGCGGCAUGCCACAGCAGGCUGUCUGUACACCAAAUGUGACUGGUAAUUUGGCAGCAGAGGCUUUUGGUAGUGGAAUUGGCUGUGCUGGAGGCUUGGCAACCAGGGCUAGUGCUGGGCCAGUCAGGACUGGAGUGUCAUUGGGAAAUAACAUAAAUUAUGCAUCAAAUAAUAUUACAGGGACGAUAAACAGGACCAACAGCUUCAGAUCUAUUGCCAACAACAGCUCCAACGCUACCAGCAACAGUAUUAAUUCUGGUCAGGUUAUGCCUCAAAAUGUUUGUCUACCUGAACUGGAUCAUGACAUUAUUUCUCGGGUUGUGAAUAAUGGGAUCUUGAACGGCGAGCCUAGUGACUUGGGUAAUGGAUGGAAGAUGUGAAAUUAACUAUAGAGCAAGUAGUUGGCACAUCAUGAAGCAUAAGUUACUACUGUACAGCUUUGGGACAUGUUUCGUUUCCAAAAUGUUGCUGCUCCAGUUCUGAAGUAUGGAAGCUGGCAGUUUUGAGGCAUGCCAUUUCUAACUAAAUUACAUACUUCUGAAUAUCAGCAGCACUGUGUCUUAUUAUCUUCCAUCAAUUACAGACUCUUUGACUUCUCUGAUAUUAUUAUAAUAGACCUGGUGGGAAACUAACAUUAACUCCAAAUUCUCUUGACUUUUCUUAUGUGAUUAUGAUAGUAUGUAUUACAAACCUAUCAAGUGUUAACAAACUAUAGCCGAUGAUGAUGGAUCAAUCAAGUUUUUUUUUUUUUUUGGGUACAAGAAGAAUUAUUCAAUUGGUUAUGUACAACAUUUGGAGAAAUUAUGAUUGGCAGCUGCUCGCUUGUACGAGGGGUCAUAUGGGUAAUUUUGCUUAUUAUCUAAGGGAAGUUUGUGGAAGAACCACCAUGGGGACGUCCCAGCAAAAUGAGUUCACAAGGAAACCAACAGCAUCUAUCAUGUGAGAGAGGUGGAAAUAACCAAGGACGGGGAAGGCUUUAUGUGAGUCUCCCUCUGUUCUGGAUGGUAUCACCACAUCUGAUCGUGUAUCUCGGCUUUUCUCUUUUAAGGAUGGUAUCUAGUGGUGGCCACAAAUGUUUACAGCUUUGUAUUCUUAGAAUGGACGAAUAUUGUUCCCAUCUUUGUUGUGUGAAUAACGAUUGCGAUCAUUCUUCUUU